AUGUCGAGCUCUUCUGAAUUUAUGAUCAAUUUCCUUGCCGGAGGUGUCUCUGGUGCUGUCGCCAAGACAUGCACGGCCCCCAUUGAGCGUGUCAAGUUGCUCAUCCAAACUCAGGAUGCCAACCCCAAGAUUAUUUCCGGAGAGGUCAAGCGUUACACUGGAAUUGUCGACUGCUUUGUCCGUGUCUCCAAGGAACAAGGAAUCAAGGCUUUCUGGCGUGGAAACUUGACAAACAUUAUCCGUUAUUUCCCCACCCAAGCGUUCAACUUUGCCUUCAAGGAUACCAUCAAGGCCAUGUUCCCCGCAGCGGACAAGAGGACUGAAUUCGGAAAGUUCUUUUUGAUCAACAUGGCUUCGGGAGGUUUGGCAGGAGCUGGAUCCCUCAUGAUUGUCUACCCCUUGGAUUACGCCCGUACUCGUUUGGCUUCCGAUGUCGGUACUGGAAAGCAACAGUUCAACGGUCUUAUCGACUGUCUCACCAAGACUGUCAAAACGUCCGGUCUUGGAGGUCUGUACAACGGUAUUGGAGUCUCCGUCACCGGUAUCAUCCCCUACCGUGGAGUCUACUUUGGUCUCUUUGACACACUCUCGGGAUACAACCCCUACCAGAAAGACGAAAAUGGUAUCUUGCGUGCUGCUUCCAAGUUCGCGUGUGCUCAAGUGUCUGCCAUUUCUGCCGGAUACGCUUCAUAUCCUUUCGAUACUGUCCGUCGUCGUCUGCAGAUGCAGUCCGAAAAGCCCAAGGAAGAGUGGGUCUACCAAGGAACUGCCGACUGUUUCAAAAAGAUUAUGAAAGAUGAAGGAACUGCCGCUCUCUUCAAGGGAGCUGGUGCCAAUGCUCUUCGUACGGUUGGUGCUGCCAUGGUCCUUGUGUUGUACUCGGAGAUCACUGCCGCCUUUGCCCCCAAAUAA